AUGGGCACGCCGGGCAAGAUGGAUCCAGCUCCCCCAUCUCCGCCCACCUCGGUCGCCGGGUCCAAUGCGCCGACUAGCGAAACGGGAUCCACGACUGGUAGCAAUUAUGGUGGCAUCGACCCCGAGAUCGAGGAGAACCUCUACAUACUACCCUAUGUCUCCGAAGAGGGUCUGCGCAGCGACGCCACCGAUCGCCGCAAGAUCAUUGGAUCCUCCCAUGACGAUUAUUAUCCCCUUCCUGCCGAUUUUAGUAUCGCUUCAUCGACCGCACCCUCUCUGCCCGCGGACAAUGGUUGUCGCCUACUCUCGCUGCCCUCCGAGCUAAUCGACGCCGUCCUCUCCUACCUGCCUCCAUGCGACCUGGCCAUUGUCUCCGAGACGUGCCGAAGCCUUCAUGCACAUGCCACGUCUGACGUACAUUGGUACCAGAGGGUGCAAGCAAACAUUCCUGGCACGAAACUCGAAACUCCCUACCCAUGUCGUACCUACCGCGAACUAUACGCUGCACACGACCCGAGAUGGUUCCUACCAAAGUACAAGAUCUGGUUCUGCGACCGCGACCUCAUGGGCAAAAUGAUCGUCGUGCGGUAUGACCAGCGAAGAGGUUGCAUCGAAGGAUACCAAUUGCUGGCUGUCAGCAGCCGCACCACAUACCAACACUGGCCUGCCGACAACAGUGUGAUAAUCCAUGCUUUUGAGCCCCGAGUCAAGUUGCAUCUGGACAAGCCGGUGCUCCAGUUCCACGCGCGCGUUCCAGAGGAAGACGAUGAUUCGACCGGGAUACUCGGCAAUCGCUUCCUUCCCGAAAUACCCAUGGCUAUCGAUGACCGUUCCGACGCCAUGUUUAGCAACUUUUUAAUGGCCCGUCCACUAGACCCUGCGACUGCCACCUCCAAAAUGGAGGCGCCGUUUCCAUAUGGUAACGUCUGGCCUCCACCGGCCAUACCUGCCCGUCACCGCGUCGCCGGCGUCGCUUCGGGCUUGGACGGCGAUGACCUUGCCCCCGGCGACCUGCCGACCCGGCGAGUCGAGGCCUCGGACCAAGCAUUUCGCAUUCGACAGUGGAUGGAAAUGGCUGGGGGACCAACCCCGGGACUGUUCCUCGGGGCGGGACCCAUUGGUCUGAUCCAGGCGAUCCAGGCGAACAUGGGUAUGGUGGGAGGAGGACGAGGUGUUCCUGGCGUGCAUAUCGGCGAAGAAGUGGUCACCUACUCAACUCUCGAUCCUAUCGUGUACACGCCGACCCCCCUCAAGCCAUGGCGCGGCAUCUGGGUUGGCGAUUACAGUGGACAUGGCUGCGAGUUCCUUCUGAUAAAUCAGCCAGAUGAUGAAGAAGUGUCCGACAACGAGCUUGGCUUGGUACGUGGCGUUGACGAGUCCGAAGACGAGUGGGCCAGACGACGUACCGAUGCGAGAGUACAUCGAGGCCGCCUUGAGGCGAUCAAACUUACUGGCGACCCAAAUGUUCCAAGAGGAGAGUACACAUUUGUGGCAGACGAUUUGGGUGAAGCCGGCUUCGUCGGACUUGCUCGGGAGCCACCGUUCCAGGGCACACGCGUCGUGAAGAGCAAAGGGCACGUCGCUGGGACCGGUUUUCUUGAUGGUAUGUGCCCCCCUAACUCGCGAAGAGUCCCUUCCGCCAUGCUAAUCUGCGGCAUUUAG